AUGUUUGCCCCACGGCCGGCGCGUAGUCCCAGUUUUUCGUUCCCCGUGCAAUGUAAUUGGUUGAAAUCAAAUGGAUCAUGGCCAGUUCGCAAGGACAAUACUGCUUUUGGAUUUUUCUACUAUUAUUGGUCGAUUUUCGUAAUAUUGUUGGUGGCGGCAACGUGUACAUUUCAAGUGUGGUAUAUGGUUGAUAAUAUUGGUGAUAUUUUGAAAGUGACUGAGAAUUGUUGCACCUCCUUUAUGGGGUUGCAUACGCUGUUGCGAUUGAUACAUAUGUGGUUCAAAAGGAGACAGAUGAAAACUUUAAUGGCAAACUUUACUCAACAUAUUUAUGUAACAACGAUUACAGAUGCUAAAAUCAAAGCGCAAUGCAACAGGGAGCUAGUGGUAUACAGCGUCAUGUCGGCGAUGCUUUUCAGUUUAAUUUGUAUGUACUGCAUUCUGCCCCUUGCAGAAUUGUUUUCGGACCUGAAUGCUCCAGAACGGCCUUUUCCUUAUAAAAUGGUCUUCCCCUAUUAUGCUCAGCGGGGAGCCCCCUAUGUCAUCACUUACAUCUAUACCGCCUUUGCUGGUUUCGUUGCGGUAACGACUCUUUUCUCCGAGGAUAGUCUUUUUGGAUUCUUCAUAAUACACACAUGCGGACGUUUCAAAGUGUUACAUAAGCAAAUAGAGCAAGUCCUGCCAAGAAGUUAUAGUUCCGCGUUUGAUAAGUAUGGAGAAGAUGUAACGGAGAAGGUGGUCCAAAACGAAUAUAAUCUCGAAUUGAGGAGGAUCAUCAGAGCGCACAACGUCUUGAUUAAAUUUUGCAUGGAUCUUGAUGAUUUUUGCAGUCCAUACUUGCUAGCGAACUUCCUUAUUAGUUCGUUCUUAAUUUGUGUGGUUGGCUUUCAACUUUUUACUGUUAAGAUGUCACUGGUCAACUUAAUCAAAUUCGGGGUAUACAUAAUUUCGGAACUUUCUCAGCUCUUUAUAAUUUGCUGGAGUGGGGAUAAACUAAUAAAUAAUAGUAUGGACACGGCUUGGAAACUAUACUCCUGCAAUUGGGAAGGAACAUCAAUGAGCUUAUACAAAGGCAGUGGAAGAAAUGGAAAGGAGGAGUACAGGUGUCCUUCUGAUAUUGAAUUCAUGAAGCGUAUGAUCCUAGUAAUGCUUAGAUCUCAAAAACCCCUUCGAAUUACAGCUUUGAAGUUCUCGGUUCUGUCACUGCAGAGUUUUACAAAGAUACUCAGUACAUCAAUGUCUUAUUUUACCCUCUUACAAGCAGUUUAUGGUAAAGAAUGAACACCUCGUCAGGAUGUGAUAUUUGACUAGUCAAAUAUAGUUAUGGAAGGAAGUAAAUGAGAACUAACAACUACGAUUUUCGAUCUUCAUUUGGUUUACGAAAAUUUGCAGCCAUUUUUAAAAUUUUGCAGUACAUGUUGGUUUGAUCUUUAAAAACCUGGAUUUUCGACGACUUCUAAAGUGGAUUUUCCCUUUAACAAUUAGAAAAUAUGAAGUAGUAAAAUAUGAAGAAGCACACUCCAUAGUAAUGUAAAGGAAUCGUAGACGUAAUUAUAUCACAGAUUAGAAGAAAUUAAAAUAAAAAUUGUAAUAAAAUUUAUAUGUAAUACUUUGGGAACCAUUCACACAAAGAAAUACAUUUAUUAAUUAGCUAAAA